AUGCAGUCCAAAGAGGGGGCGAAAACUGGAAGCUGCGUCGUGGGAAUGCUGGCAUCCCUCAGAACUCUCCAGACGCAGCAAGCUCUUUGCUCUCGAAUUGACCAGACAAUUAUCGAUGGGAUCAUAAUCGAACUGAAAUCAUCAUUCACCACACGAGAGCUCUUUGACUUGGAGACCGCCAGAGUGGGUCGACCCAGAGCAGGGCAGUCGGUGGACCGCGCCUUAUGUCGACAUGCCACGCCCUUCGGGACUCCACUUGCAAUUGCGACAACCUUGGUGGCCCACUCACAUUCCCCGAUCACAGGCGCUCGGUCGCUGGCAUUGAACGCAGGAACCAAUCAACCUCACGGCCGAUCGCGGGGAGAGGCAGACCUGCUGACACAAACCGGGACCAUUUCAAAGCAGGGCGAUUGUUCCGUUUCUCGUAUUAGGUUUGUCAGCCUCGUAGAUAUUCAGAGACCUCCAGAUGAGAGCUCAACAGUUCACCCUUCUGACUCCCUGAACCAGGGUCUUAACAACAUCGGAGAAGAUCUCCAUCCAGAGCGCUUUCCCGAGGAGAAGCAGACGGCGGUAUCGGGCCAGGUUUUCGGGUGGCUCCAGAGUUUUCCGACCGUAACCGAGCAUCUGGCCGUGCCGAGUAGGUAA